UACACAACUCUGUGAUUUUCCUUAGCAGUGGCUUCGGUCCAGGGAAGGCCGGCACCAAGCGUGCAUUAGACUGUGGCUGUGGAAUUGGGAGAGUGUCAAAAGGAGUUCUGUUUCCUGUUUUUGAAUCCAUGGAGAUGCUUGACAUGAUGGAAGAGUUUAUCCUCCAUGCUCAUGAGUGUUACCUUGGAGAUUACGCGGACCGGGUGGAGGCCUACUACCUUUACAAUUUGCAGGAAUUUAUCCCAGCUCCAGAAAGAUAUGAUGUCAUCUGGAUGCAGUGGAUUGCCUGUCACCUUACUGAUAAGGACCUGAUGGAGUUUUUAACUCGUGCAAAGCAGAGCCUGAGGCCCAAUGGUGUGAUCAUCAUCAAGGAUAACAUGGCGCGGCAGGGCUGCAAGCUGGACCCCAUUGACAGCAGCAUCAUCCGCCACCUGGACAUCAUGAAGAGCAUUAUUCAGAAAGCAGGUCUCACCAUACUGGACGUGGAGAAACAGGAAGGCUUUCCUGAGGCCAUUGUGCCCGUAUGGAUGAUUGCCAUGCACUGAACCCCAGACUGCUUAAACGAAAGUGGUUGUUCAGAAAUAGAGGGUUUUUAGAAGUUUUUGGAAGGAGAUACUUUGUUCACAGUGCUUUGUACAUUAAGAUUAAGAUUAAGAUUCAACUUUAUUGUCAUUGUGCAGAGUACAGGUACAAAGCCAAUGAAAUACAGUUGUUUUCGCAUGCACUUAUCUAUACUAUUAUGCAAAGGAAAAAUACAGUAACUACACAUUUUGCUUCAGCCUUUUAGAGGACUCAUCUUAGCUCAAAGUGUGAAAAUUGCAGGAACUAAUUCACACUUAAACGACAUACUGUAAAAAGUUUUAUUGUUUGGUAUAGUUACUGCAUUUUGCCUUUGUGGGACAAUAUAGUGUACAUUAUACAGUAUAUUAUAAAUGCAUAGUAUGUUUGGUUCCACUUUAUAUUAAGCCUAAAGCCUUUGAUAAAAUGUACUUAUUAUGUACAUUCUUGUUGCAUUGUACUUACAUUUAAAGUACCUGCAUUUAAUUACAACUGUAUUUACACUGUUAACCUUAGCUCUAACCCUAAACCUAACCCUUACUCUUAAAUUUAUCUCUAACACCUAAACCAAACCUGUUCAUACUCCUAAACCCACCUGCACCUCAACCUCAGCAGCAGAAAAUGUGUAUCUUGUGAGAAUUUUGCAGAAAAACAUGUAAUUACACAGUAAAUACGUUGUAUUGAAUAUAUUUUAAUGUUAGUACAUAGUAGUUAAAGACACCUAAUAUAAAGUGAGACCAUAUGAUUGUUCCACUUACCAGCUAAUGUGUGAAAGGGUGGUAACUAAUUCUCAGUGUAGGAUAAUAUGUUUUUUUUUACAAACAAAU